GAGCAAUAAUGAAGCUAACGUGCGUCCUGCAGGAUGAUCAGCACAGACGCAGCCGCCAGAGGCAUCGACAUCAACGGGGUCAAAUGUGUGGUGAACUAUGACGCACCGCAGUACAUCCGGACAUACAUCCACAGGAUUGGAAGGACAGCCAGAGCAGGGAAAACGGGCCUGGCCUUCACCUUCCUGCUGGGAGUACAGGAGAAGAACUUCCUGCAGAUGGUGGUGGAGGCAGGAACGCCCGGGAUUCAGAAGCAGAUCGUCAAACCAGAGAGCCUGAAGGGGAUGGAGGCACGCUACGAACAGACGCUGCAGGAGCUGGCCAACGUCAUCAAG